AGUUAGUUUCUCUCCAGCCGUAUCAGCAAUCGGUCGAUAACAGACAGUGGUCUGCGGAAGCGGAUAAAAAUCCAAGAGGUGACCCCCUUUUUUGGACACCGGGGAUAAAAAGUUAGCUGUGUCUUGGAAUUUCUUCUGUGUGAUUUAAAGGGAAGGGAAGCUUUCUGUUGCAACCCUUGAGGGCACAAUCGGUGUUUGCUGUGCCGUUUGGUGCAGUUUUUGGGUAGUUUUGGUGGAAAUUUUCUUUCGUCUGAAGAUGUGGUUUGAUUUUUGAAAUCAAUUCAGUGAAGAACUUGUUGUGUGAGGGGGUUAGGGAAAUAUAUCAACCCCAGCCCCUCGAAAGGCUUUUGAUGUAUGUACUGGAAAAGGGUGCCAGUGUUAGUAUCAUUGUGAUUCUCCGCUAGUCAAAUGAACAAUGUUUGCAUUAAUAUUUCAUGAAGAUAUUGGCGUUUUUAGUCCUUGAAGGCAUUAAAAUUCAGUCGAAAAGCUAUAACCGAUGACUGUGGCUUCAUUUCCUGUGUUAUUGAUUGGAUUUUUCAGUGAUAUUGGAAGCAAUUGUCGGCUGCACCACCUCUUAUGGAAAGGGUUGAUAGCUGGUGAAAAGUUUUGAAAAUAGAUUCCGCUCCCCGAUCACUUUUCACCUCGAAAAGAAGGAAAAUCUGAAAAUUUGGUAAUAGUGUAUGCUCUGCAUUUGACAACUCUCUACAGCAUCCGUACGAACGACAAAGCUUUUCUAUGUGGUGUCCCACGUGAGAUUCCAGACCGAGGAAAACCAAGGGAAAACCUAAUCAGCUGUCAACAGUCGUACAGACGAAGCUAGGCAGCAUCCUUAUCGCCGUUUGCUAGUGUUAGUGAGUCAUCCUAGCGCAGCUGUAUUGGUAUCUACAAGUGGGGUGAUGUCGUAAAGUGUGAACCUCUUCCGUCGUCUGUAUAGUGAGUUUUUGGCGAUAAGAGCAAAAAGGAAAACUCACAAACAAAAAUUUUGUUACUGGAAUUGAUAAACCGAGAACGACGAAGCGGACGAUUGGUGAAGGCGAAAAGAAUCCGUGAAAAUCGAGCGCGCUUUUUUCGUUUACCCCAAAAUUUAUUAGGACCGGAGCUGCUCUUCGAGAUUCCCUUCCACACUGCCUCGUGAUAGGAAAACGAUACAGUGAAGUGAAGUCAAGGCACAACGAAGGUGAUUUUAUUUGAAUUAGAUUGAUGGUUGUGUGCGCAAAUCAAAUGAAUUGAAAAUCGAUGAAAAUUAAAAUAGAGUAAUGUUCUUAGUUCGACAACCGAGAAACACGUGUCAGUUGAAUUGCUCUUUGCAGUGUGGAAACAGUAUUUAUUUCAUCAGUCAAGAGGAAAAAGCUCGUGGAGAGAAAUAAACAAUUUGUAGCAAGAUUCAAUAAGCUCUCGCAGGAGGAAUCCAUUAGGCGGCAUCGCUCACACAACUAACUAAAGACCAGCCAGCCAUCCAAAACGGUCCCGGUGGCAAUCUUGACAAGUGCUGUACUGUAGCUGUAGGAAAUCAAAAGCAAAAAAUGUAACGGAAGAAAAGUAAAUAUUUCCAGUUCGUCAAAGAUUGAUCUUUGUUUCCAGUGCCACAACGACAGAGAGUUGUUGUUGGGGGUGCCAGAGGCCGGAAAUAAAGGCAUUGUGUUUUUUUGCUGUGUUUGUGUGUAAAAUUUUUACUACAAAAGUGGUUUUAUUUGCUAAGGUUAUUUACGUGAAUGAAGAGAAAAAUCACAAGUGCUCAACAGGAGGAGAUUGAAUAAGGCGAAGUGCCAGUUUUGUCUGCAAUUUUCAGUAAUACAAUAAUUCAUUGGUUAUUAUUGUUGGAGAAAAUAAAAAAUACACCGUCCGGCGACAAUAGGAAGCAGACACAAUGACGGAGGCGGAUAACUACGAUGAUGAGCUGGUUUCCGCAAAUCCAAAUCAACGCAACUGGCGGGGAAUUUUGAUAGCCCUACUCGUUAUCAUCGUCGUUUUGGCAUUGAUUGUGACAUCUGUUGUCCUCCUCACUCCGCCAGACGAAGGCCCUCGAGUGAAAGGCCAACGGGUCCGGCUCCAGGACAUCAUCGAUGGCGAAUACGCACCGAAAAAGCUCAACGGCAGCUGGAUUGGACCCGAGGAGUUUCUGUUCCAAAACCAUUGGGGCGAGAUCAGUUUGCUAAACAUGAACAACCUGUCCGAGCGGAUUCUGAUGUCCAAUACGACACUGAAAACGCUCGCCCCUGCCAAGUUUUCUAUCUCAGCGGAUCGAAAGUUUCUACUGUUGGCCCAAAACGUCAAGAAACUGUUUCGUCACUCGUUUCUCGCCCAAUACACCAUCUACGAUAUCACUACCAGCGAAACGAUUCCGCUAACGAUGAAGGCCGACGACGACGAGUGGCCGUUCCUGCUGCACGCUGAGUUUACUCCCCGGGGCCAAUCGAUUGUGCUGGUACACAUGUACGACAUUUUCUACAAACCGUCGGCCAGGGCGGCACAAACCUACCGACUUACGAAAACGGCCAUCCCGGGCAUCGUCUACAAUGGCGUUCCGGAUUGGCUCUACGAAGAGGAGAUUUUACAAAGCAACAAGGCGAUCUGGCUGUCGAACGAUGGCCACCUGAUGCUGUACGGAACGUUCAACGACUCCCAGGUACAGGAGCAACAGUUUUCCUGGUACGGCAUGGCCAACGGCGAUAUCAAUCUAUACCCGGAGAUCCGCUCGUUGCGGUAUCCAAAACCAGGAACUAGGAAUCCAACCAUCACGCUCAAAGUUGCUGACCUAGCGGACCCGAAGAGUAUCCGGACCAGAGAUCUCACGCCACCGCCAAUUCUUCUGAACCAGGAACAUUACUUCACCAGUGCAGCCUGGGUCUCGCAAACGGAAGUCAGCGUCGUCUGGAUGAACCGGCCCCAGAAUCUGUCGGUGGUGACACUUUGCAAAAGCCCCAUGUGGUACUGCCAGGAGACUCAUCGAAUCAGUGGCGAUGGCCGCGGUUGGGUUGACGAGAUGUCGGUGCCGUUUUUUAGCCAAAAUGGAAGCUCAUACAUCGCCAUCUCUCCACUCCGGGAUGGAGCUGCAGGACACUUUCGGCAUCUGGUACACGUCCAUAUCGGCAAAAAGCGGAUAAUUCCGUUGACGCAUGGCCGCUUCGAGGUGAACAAAAUCCUGCACUGGGACCAGACGAACAAUUUUGUUUACUACCUAGGCAUUCCCGAGCAUGCUCCAAGCCAACAGCACCUAUACCGUGCCUCUUCACUGCCACCCAAACAAGGCACCUCACCGAGACCACCACGAUGUCUGACUUGCACCCAUCAACACAACGGCCACGGACACGUCACCAUGGUCAAGGCGUCCAAUCGUGUUCAACAACAGUGGAACGACGAUUGGGAGGAUACGGGCGAAGAAGAGGAGGAAUACAUUGAAAUGCCGAUGACUACCCCACCGCCAAAGAAAAAACAAAAGACCACGGAACCACCGGAAGUUCCAAUCACGCCGUGUCAAUUCUUCACGGCCACGUUUGCUCCCAGUAGUAACGAGUUCGCACUGAUCGAAUGUCUCGGUCCGGUUGUUCCCUUCAGUGCCAUUUAUCGGAUAGCAAUUGAUCCCGUUAAAAAUCCAACCCACGUCCUGUUUUAUCUGCAAAAUAACACAGCCCUGGCGGAUCGCGUUUCUAAGGUUGCGUUACCUCAGAUUAAAUCCUUCCCGGUAAUGAUUUCCGGUGGAUAUCACGCACAAGUGCGGCUGUUCCUUCCGCCAGGACUUCGUGAGGACGAAAUCACUCAGUAUCCGAUGAUUGUACACGUUUAUUCCGGUCCCGGAACCCAACUCGUCACCGACAAGUGGCGUGUCGACUGGAACACAUACCUGGCCGGAACAAAAGAUUACAUCGUGACCCAAAUCGAUGGUCGAGGUUCCAGUGGCCAAGGCUAUCAGCUGCUGCAUGAGGUCUAUCGGCGACUCGGAACGGUCGAAGUUUCCGACCAACUCGAAGUUGCCGAAUACCUGCGAGACAGUCUGCACUUUGUGGACAAACGGAGGGUCGGCAUCUGGGGCUGGAGCUACGGGGGCUACACGGCAGCCCUGGCAAUGGCCAGCCCAACGACUCUCUUCCAGUGCGGUGUCAGUGUCGCUCCCGUGACUAAUUGGAAGCUCUAUGAUUCCACGUACACGGAACGUUACAUGGGCUUGCCGAACGUGACCGACAAUUACAAGGGAUACGAGGAUAGCGAUUUAUCAAAACACGCCGAAAAGCUGCGUGAUAAGCAAUUUCUUAUGGUCCACGGAACGGCGGACGACAACGUGCACUUCCAGCAGAGCAUGGUCCUCUCGAAAGCGCUCUCGGCCAAGGGAGCCCUCUUCAAGCAGCUGAUCUAUCCGGACGAGGGCCACAACCUGGCCGGAGUGAAAAAGCACCUUUACCGAUCGAUGACGCUGUUCUUCGAGGACUGCUUCCGAAAGUUGGUACCCCAGGAGGUGAAAGCCGGUCUCGGAAACGGUGGCUCGAGCGAUUAAUAUUUGCUCGAUUACUUCGGCGGUACUGACUCGUCUUCAAGUUUCAUGUAAAAGUUUCUUCCUGCUCACUAUCACUAGAAUGCCACCGGCCAUCGACUGACCUAUGGGAGGGAGGUCCUCGUAAACAUCCACUUGACCUCACUCAUCAGUUCAGCCCCGAGGUUCCGAAAUGCGCUGGUGGAAUCUUACAUCAACAACAACUUCAAUCAAACGUGGCCCUUCAAUCGUUUAACUUACGCCUCCAAUCUUUGGCUAAGCGUCUUAGUGAAGUGGCCACGCGGUAGUGUUUCUUGAAAAAAAAAAAGUAACUAAAACAACCAGUUUCUGAACUCGAUUAGCGAAUUUAUAUUGGUAGCGGCAAACAUAAAGUGUAACAUCUUUCAGACUAGAUCGAGAUCAUCCAGACGAAACACAUCGAGCAACAGUAACAACAACAUCAUACGUAGGAAACUUUUAGCAUGUAAACUUGUAGCAGAACGAAUUGAGCACAUCAGUUCGAAAGUCACGUAGUACUGCCGGAAGUAACGAUGAAAGGCAGCAAAACUUUAUGGGUAGGGGAAAUUUCUCACAAAAACGGAAGCUAAGCGGUGGGUGAGAUUAUCAUUGAGAAUUUCGAAGAUGGGAUGAAAUCUAACGGGCAAAAGCGAUGUGAUGGAAAUUUAAGGUACCUAUUAUGAUUUGAAAAAAUAGCAAAUAACACAUGGUUGUGAUGAGAUUGAGCCGUUUGGAGCAUUUUGAGGGUGAAAUUUCAAACGCUAUUGAUAAUGAAGAAACAUAGAAAGGAUUUAGGUUCAACAGAAGUAUUUAUGAAUCCUCAAUCAGUCUUUCCUGGAAAUGAACAAACCUAAUAGGUUUUUAUUUAUUUCUGAUCAACGGAUCACAUGUUGAUCCCAAUGAUUACUUAAAAUUAAGGUUAAAAACAAA